AUGCCACACUCUAUUCCUGUUCCCCCGAGUGGGUUCCAGGCCAUUAUUCUGUGUGGUCCUGGUGUUUCUCUUAACACAUUCACCACCAACCCAGAGGAAUACCCAAAAUGUCUCAUCCCAGUAGGAAACAGGCCUAUGCUCUACUUUCCUAUGACCUACGCUCUGCGAGCAGGAAUUACUGAUAUUACACUGAUCACUCCUUCCACCUCCCUCGCUCCUAUCCAAGCCGCCUUGCAACAAAACCCACACCUCACGGCGCUUCCUUCACCCCGCGUAAUUGCCCCGAAAGGCCUCGAGAUGACUAUGGGUACCGCCGAGCUCCUCCGUCUACCAGAGGUGCAAGCCUGUAUCAAGACCGACUUCGUCCUUCUUCCUUGCGACUUGCUCUGCGACAUCCCGGGUGAAUCGUUGAUCGAAGCAUGGAUGGUGUCACAGGGUGCGCUUGGAGGCAGCACAUUAACAGAAGGCAAGAAUGCUCAUGGCCCCGUGUCAUCGGGUCCCGGUGGUGAGCAAGGAGGUCGACGAGGUGGUCUUAGUGUGUUUUAUCAGACUCAAGGGCGGGAGGAGAGUGUCAAGGGCGAGUCUACAGAUUUCGUGGCCGUUGCACCGCUCGACCAAGAUAAGGGUGAGGCGCCAGCAGUGUCGCACUUGGUUGAUGGACCAGAAGCUGUGCGAUCUAAUCUUUCGAAAUUGGUUCUCUCUAUGCCCAUGGAUACGCUCAAGGAGAGAUUGGAGCAUGAUAAGGGCUUCCUUGUUCGACACUCUCUGGUUGAGCAGCAUCCGCAGGUCAAGAUGUUGACUACCUACCGUGAUGCCCAUCUUUACAUCUUCCCUUACUGGGUUAAGGAGCUCGCCCGCCAGGAAAAGCUCGAGUCGAUUAGUGAGGAUGUUGUUGGUUACUGGGCUAAAGCUGGUUGGCAAAAGGGACUGAGUGAUAAGUUAGGGAUGCAGGAGAUUUUCCAGCAGGAGAGUCAGGAGCGCGAUGAUGGUAGCCAAGAUGGUGAAUCAUUAGAGGAGGAGAUUGACCUCCGAAACAUGAGCACCACCCAAAUUGGCUCCAAUGUCGACGAACCUCCCUCUUCGCCCGUUUUCGCUUCGCGUGUCAAGGCCUCUACAGAAUCCAAGUCGACAGAGGUGCCGCCGAUUCUCGCUUACGUUCAACGAGGAUCUGCGCCCUUCGUUCGUCGUGUCGAUAGCACCGCCAUCCUCCUAUCUACAUCUCUUCGCUUGGCUAAGCUGGAAUCUAUCGAGGAAGUUGGACGUCAGGCCUCGCCAUUCGCUCACAACCAGAAGAUUGCUCAUCCAGAUGGAGUGGCACAGCGAUCCACUGUCACAAAGAGCGACUGUCUUCUGGCGGAGAAUGUCACUGUGGAAGAGAAGUGUGUUAUCAAGGAAUCCGUCAUUGGUGCCAACUGUCACAUCUCCACUGGUGCGCGGUUGACUCGUUGUCUUCUUAUGGAUGGCGCAGUUGUUGGUCCUCGUGCGGUUCUCACCGGAUGUGUGAUUGGCAAGCGAGCCAAGAUUGGCCGCGAGGCACAGCUCAAAGACUGUGAAGUCCAAGAUGGCAACGUGGUUGAGGAUGAGAUGGAUGCUAAGAACGAGAAGUUCAUGGUCUUCGAGGGUAUUGAUGAAGGCAUGGAAGACUUUGACGAUGAUGAGUUCUGA